AUGUAUGAGGAUUGCGUGGAAUCCACUAAAGACUAUUAUCUCUUCUGUGACAAUGAGGGGACAUGGGGCAUUGUCCUAGAGGCCUUGGCAGGAAUUGGCAUAGUGGUGACAAUUCUGCUGCUCUUAUCAUUCCUCUACCUGAUGCAAAAAGUGCAAGACUGCAGUCAGUGGAACGUCCUCCCCACCCAGUUUGUCUUCCUGCUGGGUGUGCUGGGGCUCUUUGGACUUGCUUUUGCCUUCAUCAUGCCAUUCAAUGAACAAACUGCCCCUGUGCGCUACUUUCUCUUUGGGGUUCUCUUUGCUCUCUGCUUCUCGUGUCUCCUGGCUCAUGCUUCCAACCUGGUGAAGUUGGUCCGAGGUGGAGUCUCCUUCUCUUGGACAACAAUCCUGUGCAUUGCUGUUGGUGUCAGUCUGCUCCAGACAAUUAUUGCCAUUGAGUAUGUGACCCUCAUGAUGACCCGAGGCAUGAUGUUUGUGCACCUGACACCCUAUCAGCUCAAUGUAGACUUUGUUAUGCUUUUGGUCUAUGUCCUUCUCCUGAUGGCCCUCACAUUCUUCAUCUCCAAAGCCACGUUCUGUGGCCCAUGUGAGAACUGGAAGCAGCACGGAAGGCUCAUCUUUGUCACUGUGCUCAUCUCCAUCAUCAUCUGGGUGGUGUGGAUCUCCAUGCUCAUGAGAGGCAACCCUCAGCUCCAGCGGCAGCCCCAGUGGGACGACGCGGUCGUCUGUAUUGGCCUGGUCACCAAUGCAUGGGUUUUCCUGCUGCUGUACAUCAUUCCUGAGUUCUGCAUUCUCUACAGAUCGUGCAGGCGGGAUUGUCCUGCACAAGGCAACACCUGUGGUGUGGCCCCAGUCUACCAGCGCACCUUCCGUUCGGAGAACCAGGAGCUCUCCAGAGCCCGAGACAGUGAUGGAGCUGAGGAGGAUGUAGCAUUAACUUCCUAUGGUUCUCCCAUUCAGCUGCAGACUGUUGAUACUACACAAGAGUAUCUCAUCCCCCGGGCAACGCUAAGCCCCCAGCAAGAUGCAGAGUUGUAACAUCUACCAGAAACGUGAACAGUGGAAGUCCAGGAGUGCAGCCUGACCCAGGUGACCGGGAUAGGCCACUGGAGGGCUUGCAGGUCACGCUCCCCUCAGUGUGUCUGCUGAUGCCACCUCCUCCGCCUCCUAGCCCUUCCCCCCAUUUUGGACCCUUCAUCGAACAACAGC